AUGUUCAGAACGCGGCCGAUAAACGAGAGCGAGCUGGACAGGCGGCGAGAGAAAGACCUGAAGGAGUUCAAUUUUCCGAAACUGUUCAACAGAGACGUCGAUUACGCCAAGGUCGACCGGCGUGCGCUCGAAUCGUACAUCGAGCACAAGAUGAACGAACUCGUUCCCGACGACGACAUAAUCGUCGAAUUCAUCAACAAUCUCGUCUUUGACGAGAGAAUAAGCCCGAAGGACCUGUGUUUGCAGCUGAACCCGAUGCUGGACGAGAAAACGCUGGACUUUGUCCACGAGCUGUGGCAAAAAAUGAUCGAGAGCGAGCAGGAGAAGAAAGACACCUACAGAGAGCGGGACGAGCGCAGAGUGCAGCGCGUGCACGACGACAGAAACGAGGACCGACAACGGGAGUUCCACGGUAAAAGCAAGUCCUUCAAACGGUCUAAAUACAAAAGGUCCUAUCGUAAGUAG